GUAGCUAUGCAUGUAAUCUGUGUAAUAUAGACUGUAGGAUCCACAAAAACACUGAACCAGCAUAAUCAUUAGUUUAAUUAAGCUGUUUUCCACCUAAAAGACGAAAUAUUAGUCCUAUAAACUUCUGGAAAUACGUACUAUAUUAGACCUAGGGAAGGUUAGGUUAGAUCUUGUUAUCUCGUGCUCUCUACAAAAAUUAAUAAUGGGAAAACUAAACUUAUUUAUUUUUGUUCGAGCAACGUUUAUAUUAGCCGUAGGUACUCUACCUCCUUCACGGUCUCUGUUUUUGUCUCUCAUUCUCUCUCUCUCUCACCCUCUCUCUCUCUCUCUCUCCUCCCUACCCUCCCUCCCUUCCUCCAGUCUCUCAGCCCGGCCUCUGCUCAGUCAGCUGGCCGGGUGUGGAGGAAGCAGUUGUGUGGAGGUGUUGACACCUGUGUGGCCGAGAGGUGCUGAAGUGAGAGCAGCAGCAUCAGCAAGGAGAUGAUGGAUGCUUGGCUGAGGGCUACCUCGAUGCUGCUAUUGCUGAUCUUCAUGACCCAUCUUGCUGCUGACACAGAAGGGGAGGUAAACAAGAGGCCCCGUAGCGAGCAUUCUCACACUAUCAACAACAGUGAAACAGCUGUUGAGGGGCCCCAGAAGAAGCAUAUUGCCAAAAGGCAAAUAUUUAAAAGUAUACAAAGCCUACCAGCGUGUCCUGCCGCCCCGCCGCAGAUGAGCUACGGGAGCGUGAAGAUCAGAGACGACCUCCAGCGAGCCACUCUCCUCUGCGACCCGGGCUACAGCAUGUACCCAGCAGCCGGCAGCAGUGAGCUGAUCUGUCACAAGUUCAAGUGGGUGCCGGAGGAUGGUGUGCUGAAGCGGUGUCUGCCUGUGUGCUCGCCUCCGUGUCCACCAUGGGGCAAGUGCCUGGCUCCAGACCUGUGCCAGUGCGGCGGGGCGGUCUGUGACCCCGCCGAGAGAUGCUACAACCUCCCGUUUUUGCCCCUACCGAACGCAGAGAUCAUAGCACCUGGAUCCAUUGGAGGCGUUCUGGGGUCGUGUGUCCCCGGGUACGAAGUGUCUCCUGGGGUAUCAGAGUUCACGGUGCCCUUCAUAAAUGGGAAUUGGUCCCCACCGAGGGGACAUACCGGGACACCCCUCUUCUGCCACCCCAUCUGUUUCCCCUCCUGCCGUAACGGCGGAGAGUGCGAAGCCCCCGGCAGGUGCCGCUGUCCGCCCAACACCAGGGGUGCCUUCUGCGAAAUGCCGAAGAACAGGUCCUGUCAGGGACGACCCGAGGCUCCGGAGGGCAUGCAUCUGACUCGCUGGAGCAACGACGUGUACGGACUCCAGUGCGCAGACGAGAACGUGCUUGAGGGACAAGGACUCGGCUCCAGACACAGAGUGACGUGUCUGGACGGCAGAUGGAUAUAUCCGAGUAAUGAUGGAUCUCUGCCUGUCUGCGCUCCCUACUGCUCCAUUCCCUGCAGGAACGGGGGGACGUGUGUGAAGGGAGGGAGGUGCCAGUGCCCCCAAGGCUACGGUGGGCGCUACUGCCAAGAGAGGAAGUGCCCGGAGACCUACCCGGAGAUACAACACGCAAUCUUCUUCGACAACAAGGAAUCUCCUACUUCCGCCACCUACGAACGCUACAUAGAAUGCCAGGGAAGACGAAGCCUCCCCAGUGGGCACCGCGGCCAGGCGCAGGUCCUGUGCGUCGAGGGGCGCUGGCAGGUCCUGACGGAGACUCCGACGGACAACGAGAAGCUCCGGUGUGUGCCGGUUCCGUGUUGCCCCGUCUGUGUUAACGGUGGGCGCUGCGUCGGGGAGGCGUGCAGGUGCCCCGAGGGUACGUCUGGGAGCAAGUGUGAGGUACGAGACUGCCCCGAAGCUCUGCCCACCGUCAGGAACGCCUGGAUAGACCGCAGUCGCUUUCCCAAGAUACACGUGAUGUGUGUGUUGGGGUACGAGUUCCCUGACGGCCACCAGGAGGAGGAACUGGAAUGUAUGGUGACGGAGGGCAGGUGGGCCGUCCUGGAGGAGGCUUGCUCUCCGGCGUGCCGCUAUCCUUGCCUCAACGGCGGGACGUGCUCGGCCCCUGACACCUGCCUCUGUGCCGAGGGCUUCACAGGUCAGCAGUGCGAGGUGGAGGUCGACCUCGAGCCCCUCUGCUACUACCCGCUCCCUCGCGUCGCCUUCGCGGACGUCGUCUGGCACGACAAGACUCCCACCGUCAAGUGCCUGUCGGGCUACAAGCUGCCGUCAGGGAGAACAGAAGCCCAGUUUGACUGUCGCAGCCAUCAGUGGCGCCUGGAGGGGGAGGUGGAGAGGGCACCGGACCGCCUGGAGUGCGUCCCUAACUGCGACAACAUCUGUGUCUCUGAAGCCGUGUGUGUGGCACCUUAUGUUUGCCACUGCAAGUGUUGCUACACUGGUGCAGACUGCCUGGACAAGAUGAAGGGCUGCAACUGUACCCAGGAGACGCUGCCGGAGGUAGCCAAUGCUGUGGUCAAUCCCAUCGCCGCCUCCGUCCACUGCUUAAAGGGGUACCUGCUGGAGACCGGAGAGGAGAUGGUUCUCCUACGGUGUGAGGCGGGCCAUUGGAGACACCCUAGCCUUCAGGGGGGAGGCUGCGUGCCGCAGUGCUCGAAGCCCUGUCAGAACAACGGAGUGUGCCGAGACCCAGAGCUGUGUUCGUGCCCUAUAGGAUAUCAGGGAGCCCAGUGCCAGCUACUCCAGUGUGAAGGACCUCUUCCCUCCGUCACAAAUGGUUUCGUAGACUUCUGCGACGGGAGGCCAUCAGCCAGGUGUGCAGAGGGUUACGUGUUCUCCAGCGGGGACACAGAGGCGCUCCUCGCCUGCAGUAACAACAUCUGGACGCUGCCGCUUCAGGUGCGGCUGGACCCCGUCUGUAGACCCCACUGCAAGUCCAACUGUCUCAAUGGAGGCAGGUGUGUAGCCCCGGACUACUGUUGGUGCUCGCAGGGCUACGGAGGCCCGGAUUGCAGCGGUUACAGCUGUGACGUUAUCCCAAGCCAGCUCCUACACGCCUAUGUGACAAUGAGGCCGACUCUCCUGACGGCGGAGUGCCCGGAGAACACGAUGUUUCCCCACGGGGAGAUCCGACUCGUCUUGACCUGCGACAACAACACCUGGACCUUCCCGCCGCCCUACGUAUCCACCUCCUUCUUCGGGUGUUCCCCCUCCUGCAGCUCCGCCUGUCACAACGGAGGCACCUGCGUCGCUCACGACCUCUGCAACUGCCCGCCUGGUUUCUUCGGCCACCGCUGUCAGGAGGUGAAGUGUCUGGAACCGGUUCCCUACAUCGAGAACGGCAGAUUAUCCUUCGUCGAUGACAGCGUACUGGUCAGCUGCGGCGCCUCCCACGACAACAAUGCCAGUAGGAGCUUCUGGAUCCACUGCGUGAAGGGUAUAUGGACUCCAGAGCCCUCAACGGACGCCUUCUGCGACUCUGUCUGCUCCGCCCCCUGCGACCCUAUCUGCUCCACCCCCUGCAGAAACGGGGGUAGUUGCGUCACCCCUGGCAAAUGCAAGUGCCUGACAGGGUUUACUGGGGCGCUGUGUGAGGAGGAGGAGGAGGAAGUGGUGGUCCAAAUGCAGUGCAUUGUACCGCCUGCCCUGAUGCAGGUUGCAGAUGUUGUUUACAACAAGGGCGCUCUCACCUUUAGGUGCCUGGAGGGCUACUUGCUGCACCACCACCCGAGUAUACCCAAUGCCACCUUGACCUGUCUUCACGGCACCUGGGACACGCCACCUGGCUGGUCCUGGGACAAGGUGUGCCAACCUAUCUGCGAGCCGGAGUGCCAGGGUGGGGGUAUUUGCGAGAGACCUGGUCAGUGUGUGUGUCCGGAUGGCACCUAUUCUCCGGUCUGCGAGGUGGCAUUUGACUGUCGGUUCCCCCCAGUCAUCGCAAAUGCCUCGUCGGUGAAGAUCAAUGACCACCUGGCUAGGGUCACGUGCCACACGGGUCACGCGACGUUGGGAGGCUCCAGGGUCAACCUCAUGCAGUGUGUUGACGAUCACUGGGUGCCGGCGAGGCCCUCUGUCGUCACCGCCACCGACCUGGCCUGCUACCCUCGGUGUCGCUCCCCGUGCCAAAACGGCGGUCAGUGCCUGGGUUCCAACAGGUGCCAGUGCCCUAGUGGAUACGGAGGGGCGUGGUGCCAGUAUAAGGCUUGUGGGAUUUUCCCUCUUGUCGUGCCCAACGCCUCCAUAACCUUCAGUGAUCAGCCCAAGAACAACUCUGGCUACAUUCAAUGCGAGAAAGGCUUCAAGCUGGCCACAGGCGAGGUUGGGUCGUCGGUAAGGUGCAGCUCUGAUGGUUCCUGGGUGUUCGGGGAGGAGGAGGAGGUGCUGGGGGACGUGUCCUGUGCGGCAGAGUGCUUCCCGCCCUGCCUCAACAGGGGCCGCUGCGCCUCUUGCAACUUCUGCCAGUGCCUGGAGGGCUUCUCUGGCCCCCGCUGCCAGUACAGGUACAGCUUGACUGUCCGGGGUCUGCGGUGCAUCUUUCCCUUCCUGCACAAGGACCGGUGGUACCACGGGUGUACCUCCAUUGACGGCGCGUCCCCGACCUGUCCCACCGCUACGGACGACCUGGGACAUCCCACGGACUGGGACUUCUGCAUUCUUGCUGUUGGAGAGAAGCAAGCGGUGGUGACGGAUGGCGGACACUUCUGUAGCUUUCCUUACAUAGUGAACGGCACGAGGUACAACUCCUGCGUCAGGCUGGAGGGUCAGCACAAGGAGGAUGCAAGAUUCGCGUGUCCUGUGAGUCUAAGCCACGCUGGGGAGCCUGUAGAGUGGGACUACUGCAACAUGAAUCUUGGUCUCGACGAGGUCUUGACAACGGCGUCGGGCAAGACCUGCAUCUUCCCCUUCAUCCAUCUUGGACGCUGGCAAACGACUUGUGUGAGGGACGGCGACCACCCUGCUUGGUGCGCCACGAAAUUGGCAAGAGACGGUACUCCGCUCGAGGUCAACGUCUGCUGGUACGACAAAGGCUACGAGAAGGUGGCGGUGACGGAGGAGGGAAUACCGUGCGUGUUCCCUUUUGUCUACCAUGGUGUCAAGUGGUACUCCUGCGUGACCUCCGGGAGCAUCCUGUGGUGCGCUACCCGGGUCGCUGACCACACCCUCGCCCCGCUCUCCUGGGGCGUCUGCAUCUCCCAUAAAGGGUGCAGCGACCAGUACCAACCGCUGGCGGCCAUGACACUGCCUCCUUGUGAAUGACUUCCAAGGGAGACGUGAGGGAAUAUAAGUGAUAUCGACACAAUGCUGGUGCGAGGAGACCCAUCUCUCACCCUGGUGGCAGUCAGUGAGCAAGAGUCUACAGAAAGUGAUAUGAACACUCACACACAAGUGAACUGAACUAGAAAUGGGGGUAGUGAAGAAACCCUCCAUCCGUAAGAUAAGUGCUUAAUAAGAGUAGCUUGCACCUGAUAUUUAAGGUCUGGGACCCAAAAGCUGAAUACCACUCUCUGCAGACCACCACCACCCAGUUUAUUGCAUUCUCUACAUUGAAUCAAUGUUUGUGUAAGGUUGGUUGAAAUGCCUCCCCACAUGCUGGAUAGUUUGUUGAUGAAUAUCCGUAAUUGUUCUGGACUACAGUGCCUUCUACCGUGAUCUUGACCCCCUCCCCCCCCCAACCCACCCCUAUACCUGCUUUAUCUACUUUGUCACUACCCGCGGACCCGAGAGUCCCACACAACACCCAGCCAGGACCGAACCUGGGAGGGGACCAGAUGGGACAUCCGCCAGGAACCCGAACCUUUGUUUUCUUACGGGUUAUUCAUGCUCGUGCCACCUCUUGGGUGGUUUAAUCUUCAUCAGUCAAUCAAUUUGUCAAUUUCCCUCAUGAUCUUGUGUUAUCAUGUCUUUCCUCUCCUCCAGUGUGAUGAGGUCCAGUUUAGUCAGUCUUUCUUCAUAGCUCAAUCCCUUCAGCUCAGGAAAGAGCCUCGUCGCAUAUCCUUGGACCUUUUCUAGUUUGUUCUUGUUCUUUGUCCGAAGUUUCCAAAUAUAUCUGCAAUGAAUUAUACAAGCUCUCUCUCU